UCUCUCCAAAUUAUACAGAUAGCUCUUCUACCUUCUGUCUGAAUACCAAAAUUCCAUAGAAAAAAAAAAGAGAUUUUUCUCCCCAAAUAUCACUAAAAAUAAGCCAAAAAUGGGGAAGCCACGCCGAAUUCAAUCAAAUUCAAAUUCAGACACAGCUCCAAAAAUUGAGAGGAAAAUCAUUGAGAAAAAUAGAAGAACUAAAAUGAAGAAUCUCUACAACCAACUCGUUUCUCUCCUCCCACACCAACCCUCUCCGGUGGAUGGGGUGCCAUUACCGGAUCAAAUAGACGAAACAGUGGAGCAUAUCAAGGGCAUGACGACGAAGCUGGAGAAACUGAAGCAAAAAAGGGACCUCUUAUUAGAGAAAAAGAAGCAAGUAAUCAAGAAUUCAUGUGUAACAAAUAUCAAAAAUAAAGCAACAAAUAAUGCAAGUUCAUCUUCAUCACCUCUAGUUGAAGUUCAAGAUAUGGGGCCAAAUCUUGAUGUCAUCUUAGCAAAUGAUCUUCAAAACUACACUAGUUUCCGCGAUAUUGUACGAUUGGUUCAUCAACACGGAGUUGAGAUUGCUAGUGCAAGCUUUGCAAGGGAUGGCAACUCAUCCAUCCAAGUUCUACAUGAUAAGGUUGGGAAUCCAAAGCCUGGAUUUGAUGGUGCAACGAUUACUAGAAAGAUGAAGGAGUUGGCAUAUAAUAAAGGGGCUUCUUCAAUGAGUGAAGUGGUUGAAUCAGAUACUAAUUUAUGGGAUUAUGAAAUUGAUUCCAAGAUUAAUUGGGGCUUUGAAAUCCCUGAGGUUUUGUUACCUGGUUUGCAGGAGUUCAUGAUCACAAUGAAAAAAUGUUCAUAAUUAUGUAUCGAGAGUGUGUUUAUGUACUUUUUGUAGUAAACCUAUCUUGCAAUAAAGAUUGUUAUAUUCA